AUGACGGAGCAGCUAAAUCUGGCCUGGUGCUUGAUAAGCCUGCUAAGCAGAGUGCUGAAAAUAAUCCACCUGGCACAGAAGAAUAAUGCAACCCUUCCUUCAGAUGGAGCAACGCUGAAGGGAAUUGACCAAAGCAAUGCCCUGGUCCUGCCAGCAAAAAAAGCCAAGAAGAAAAAAGCCCCGUGUGUUGUGCAGCAGCAGAAGAAACCCCUGAGCAAGAAACAGAAGAAAAACCUGCAGAAGGUUUUGGAGCAGAAGGAGAAGAAAAAGCAGAGAGCUGAGCUGCUGAGCAAGCUGAACGAGGUGCAGGCUUCUGAGGCAGAAAUGAAACUCCUGUACACAACUUCCAAACUGGGGACUGGGGGCCGCAUGUUUCAGGCUAAAAGGGUGACUCAGGAGCCAAGGACUGAUGUCCCUGAAAGGAUCAGGAGCAUCAGCGGUGCCAACAAGAGAAGGCACAGCUCAGGGUCAGAGCCAGAGCCUGAGGAAGAGCCCAGCAGCUCUGAGGAGGAGGAGGAGGAAGAGCAGAAAGAGGACACUGAGAAGUCCUCAGGCAGUGCUGUGGAUGCUGCUAAAGGGGCAGAGGGAGGAGUGGGCAGGGCAGGGGCUGAGCAGCCUCCGGCUGGUCCCAGAGCCCCAGAGCCCCAGGCAGCCCCCAGCAGGGCUCCCUGCAAGCCUGCAGUGUUCAUCCCUGUGCACAGGACUCCUGAGAUCCAGGAGGCAAGACUAAAGCUCCCCAUCCUUGCUGAGGAGCAAGUGGUCAUGGAAGCCAUCAAUGACAAUCCCAUUGUCAUCAUAUGUGGAGAGACAGGGAGUGGCAAAACCACCCAGGUGCCUCAGUUCCUCUAUGAGGCUGGAUAUGCCAGUUCUGGGGGCAUCAUCGGGAUCACGGAGCCUCGGCGCGUGGCCGCCGUGUCCAUGUCCCAGAGGGUGGCCAAGGAGAUGAACCUGUCCCACAGGGUGGUUUCCUAUCAGAUCCGCUACGAGGGGAACGUCACGGAUGAGACACAGAUCAAGUUCAUGACUGAUGGUGUGCUGCUCAAGGAGAUCCAGAAGGACUUCCUGCUGUCCAAGUACAAAGUGAUCAUCAUUGAUGAGGCCCACGAGAGGAGCAUGUACACGGACAUCCUGAUAGGCCUCCUGUCCCGCAUCGUGCCCCUCCGGCACAAGAAGGGGCUGCCCCUGAAGCUGAUCAUCAUGUCUGCAACUCUGCGUGUGGAGGAUUUCACUGCCAACACCAGGCUGUUCUCUGUGCAGCCUCCUGUCAUCCAGGUAGAUGCAAGGCAGUUCCCUGUGACUGUUCAUUUUAACAAGAAAACCCCCCUGGAUGAUUACAGUGGGGAGUGCUUCAGGAAGGUGUGCAAAAUCCAUCGGAUGCUGCCUGCAGGUGGGAUUUUGGUGUUUUUAACAGGCCAGGCAGAAGUUCACUCUCUGUGUAGAAGAUUAAGGAAAGCAUUCCCAUACCAAAAAAACAGCACUGCAGGAGGAGAGGAUGACAGGGAAGACUCAGUGGAAGAAAUGAGGAAAUUCAAGAGCUCGAGGAAGCGCAGGAGAGUCCUGACACUCCCCAAAAUUGAUCUGAACAAUUACUCUGUGGUGCCUCCGGAUGAAGGAGAUGAGGACAGAGACUUUGACAGUGAUGAUGAUGCUGCAGGCUCCGAUCUUGACCUGGACUUAGGAGAUGGAGACUCAGGAGAAGAUGAGAAAUCUGACUCGUCCCUGCCCCUGUAUGUGCUCCCACUCUACUCCUUGCUGGCACCAGAGAAACAGGCAAAGGUAAAGGAUUUAUUGUCACACUGGUCCACUAGGUUAUACUCUUCGGCAGUUUUCAUGGACUUUGAGAAAUUUUCUGCUCCAGAAAUAACAAAGCGACCAGUGGAAGACCUGAUUCUGCAAAUGAAGGCAUUAAAUAUAGAAAAGGUCAUCAACUUCCCCUUCCCAAGCCCUCCUCCCACGGAAGCUCUGGCAGCAGCAGAGGAGCUGCUGAUAGCCCUGGGUGCCCUGAAGGAGCCCCCCAUGACAGGAAGGCUGAAGCAGCAGCUGGCAGCAAAGCUGAGCUGCCCCAUCAGUCCCCUGGGCAGGGUGAUGGCCACUUUCCCCGUGGCCCCUCGCUAUGCCAAGAUGCUGGCCCUGAGCAGGCAGCAGCAGUGCCUGCCCUACACCAUCACCAUCGUGUCUGCCAUGACUGUCAGGGAGCUCUUCGAGGAGCUGGACAGGCCUGCAGGCAGUGAGGAGGAGGCAGCCCAGCUGAAGGCAAGGAGAGCCAGGUUCUUGCAGAUGCAGAAGGUCUGGGCUGGGCAGGGGCCCAUGCAGAAGCUGGGGGACCUCAUGGUGAUGUUAGGAGCAGUGGGGGCCUGUGAGUACUCCGGGUGCACCCGGGAGUUCUGUGAGCAGAACGGGCUGAGGCACAAAGCCAUGCUGGAGAUCCGGCGCCUGCGAGGGCAGCUCACCACGGCAGUGAACUCGGUGUGCAGGGAUGCUGGGCUCUACGUGGACCCCAAGAUGGAGCCCCCCACGGAAGCUCAGGUCACCUACCUGAGGCAGAUCGUGCUGGCAGGGCUGGGGGAUCACCUGGCCAGAAGGGUUCAGGCAGAGGAGCAGCUGGAUGACAAGUGGAAGAAUGCCUACAAGACUGCCCUCCUGGAGGACCCCGUGUUCAUCCACCCCAGCUCAGUCCUCUUCAAGGAGCUGCCAGAGUUUGUGGUGUACCAGGAGAUCGUGGAGACCACCAAGCUCUACAUGAAGGGCGUGUCUGCAGUGGAGCCUGAGUGGAUCCCUGCCCUGCUGCCGCCCUACUGCCACUUUGGGAAGCCUCUGGAGGAUCCCCCUCCCUCCUACUGCCCUGGCACGGGCCGGGUGCGCUGCCACAGAGCCAGCGUCUUCUACCGGGUGGGCUGGCAGCUCCCUGCUGUGGAAGUUGAUUUUCCCCCAGGGAUCGAGCGCUACAAACACUUUGCCAGGUUCCUGCUGGAAGGAAAGGUCAUUAAAAAGCUGAGCUCUUACAGCCAGUGCCUGCUGUCCAGCCCCCUCAUAAUGCUGAAAACAUGGUCCAAACUUCAGCCCAGGACAGAAGCCCUGCUGCAGGCUCUGGUGAAAGAAAACUGUGAUAACCGUGAUGCUUUGGUGGCUGCAUGGAAGAAAAAUCCCAAAUAUCUGCUCGCAGCCUAUUGCCAGUGGGUGCCCGAGGCCCUGCACCAGGAGCUCGCCCUGAAGUGGCCUCCAGUGGCCCUGUGACCCUCGAUGCUGAUGCACUCCUUGGCUCCAGGGUGUUUGGAGAGCUUUCCAGGGCUUUCCUUGGAAAUCUGAAACUGAUGGACUCACCUGUUAUAGGAAUACCUUUUGUUAUUCUGCUUUCCCAGAAGCCCUGCCAGCUGUUUGGCUGGUAUUUCAUAGUAUUAAUGUUUGGAUAAUUUUAUCCAUUGUAUUUUAUGGAGAUUUUUCUUUUUUUUUUAACCUGAAGUUUCUCUUUGGACUAUAUUAGUCAUAUGAACUGUAAUAAAUAUGUAAAAUUCUUGGUCUGGA